UCUCUCAAUUUUUUUUUUGUCCAAAUUAAAGUUUACAUUAUUUAUUUCAAUUCUUUUGGGUUCAAACCUUCGAUCUUGCAAAUACAAUUAAUCUUGUCCUUUUCAACUCUUUUGUUUCCAGUUAUUAUUUCAUGUGAUGGAUCCUGGUGAGCUUCGACGUGUUUUUCAAAUGUUUGAUCACAACGGAGAUGGCCGGAUUACAAAGAAGGAGCUUAGCGAUUCGUUACAGAACUUGGGGAUCUAUAUCCCGGAUAAGGAUUUGAUCCAAAUGAUCGAAAAAAUCGAUGUGAAUGGAGAUGGUUACGUUGAUAUUGAUGAAUUCGGAGCAUUAUAUCAAACUAUAAUGGAUGAGAGGGAUGAGGAGGAGGACAUAAAGGAGGCGUUCAAUGUGUUUGAUCAAAACGGAGACGGGUUUAUCACGGUGGAGGAGUUGAGGUCGGUGUUGGCAUCCUUGGGGCUGAAGCAAGGGAGGACCAUAGAAGACUGCAAGAGGAUGAUUAAGAAGGUGGAUGUGGAUGGAGAUGGGAUGGUCAACUUCAAGGAGUUUAAGCAAAUGAUGAAAGGUGGAGGGUUUGCAGCCCUAAGUUCAAGUUAAACUCAUGCAUGGAGGAUGGAUGUAGAGGCUUUUUCUUUUUCUUUUUGUUUACAAUUCUUUGAGAUCAUAGAGGGAGAUAGAGAAAGAACGAAGAUCGAAGAGGGAAGAGGGAACCUUACAUGUGUAGGAGACCUCUUGUAUUGUUUUAUUAAAGAAUACAAUAUGCUUCUUCGUGGGGUUUCAUGUUACAAACUUA